AUGUAUCUCGCCCUUGCCGCCCUCCUCCCCCUCGUCUUCCUCUUCUGGACGCUGUCUUCCACCACCACCUCGCCCUUCGCCCACUCCUUCCCGCGCGUGCGCAACAAACGCAUCUGUCUGCUGAUCGCCCACCCGGACGAUGAGGCCAUGUUCUUUGCCCCGACGGUUCUGGCCUUGACGAAACCGGAUCUAGGGAACCACCUGAAGAUCCUCUGUUUAAGCACGGGCAACGCGGACGGCCUAGGUCCCAUCCGGAAGAAAGAAUUGGUCCAGAGUGCCCUCCAUCUAGGCGUCCGCAAUGAAUCCGACGUCUUUGUAGUCGACGACCCAAAGUUCCAAGAUAGCAUGCUCCGCAUGUGGAAGGAAUCCGAUGUUUCUGCCUUGCUGGCCUCUGCCUUUGCGCCAGAGAUGAUCGGAGCUUCGGAUCCGACUUUGAAUCCUAAUAGCACACCGACGAUAGAUGUGCUUCUCACCUUUGACCAACACGGCGUGAGCAACCAUCCCAACCAUCGCAGUCUGUACCACGGUGCAGUCCAUUUCAUCCGUUCCCUCGGCAAGGGCAAAGAAGGCCUCGCAUGUCCCGUAUCCUUGUAUACGCUGACCACGACAAACAUUCUACGCAAGUACGCUGGUGUCCUCGAUGCGCCGGUGACCAUGUUCAUCGGGGCUGUCAAGGGGAUUGCUUCCUCGGGUGUCAAGCAGAGAGGGAAUGGGAACCCAGAGUUCCCCCCGCGGCUUCUUUUCGUCAGUUCCGUCGCCGAGUGGCUGCAUGCUCAAUCCGCCAUGGUGAAAGCGCAUCAGAGCCAGAUGGUUUGGUUCCGCUGGGGGUGGAUCACCAUUGGGCGUUAUAUGACUGUCAACGAUUUGAAGAGGGAGGGAAUCUAG